AUGUCUUUGAGUUCUCUCCCCCUGGUGCGGCUACCGGAGCCAUACAAGACAACCUACGAAUUGCAUGUCGUAUCCACCGAGAAAAACCUCCGCAAGUUUCAGCUACUGAGAUCCCCUCGCGGGGAUGAAGGCAUACCACCCCCAAAGCCAUUGGACCAUGCGUCGUUGAGGUUCACAGAUUUGUCCCAGCCCGAUUCUUCUUCCACACCAGACGAAGGAAACAACUCACCCUGGGCUCGCGCACAGAGAAGUCCAGUUACCUAUAUCGCAUGGGAAAGCUCGGAGGCACCAACAGUGGGCCAGAUCUGGAAUGUGGUCUAUGCCAUUGAGACCCUGCGUAGCGAGUUCGAGAUAUUCCGUGCCGUACUGUCUGGCCGUGGGAGUGAUAUACUUGCACACGAGCUACAGGCCGUGGGUUUGGCAAUUGCGCACCCCGAACCAUCUGCUGCACCAGGGAAGCCCAUCCCAGUCACCACUAGUCAUCUCGGACAGCUGGUAUUUUCCCGCAGUAGCUUCUGGCAAGGAGCUGGCUCACCCUUCGGUACCCGUCCAGCCUGGGUGGCUGACCCGGGCAUUUACAGCUAUAUGCGAAAGCCGUUGAGCAACUACCCUUCCCGACCGCGCCAACACACAGUCACCACCGGUUUCCCCGAGCGUCGAGUACAUGCCCUUCACCCGGUACGGCCACCAAAGCCAUCCCCCGGCUCUCGCAUUUACAGUCGCUACAUUCCACACUUGAACGAGUUUUUCUCAGUCUAUGCGCUAGACUACACAAACGACGAACAUCUGGGGCUUUUCAAUAAGUGGCAGAAUGACCCUCGAGUGGCUCAGGGGUGGAACGAGACUGGUACUUUGGACCAACAUCGUGAAUACUUGCGCAAAAUUCAGGAGGAUCCCCAUCAGAUCGCUGUGCUGGCCAAGUUCAACGACACUUUCUUUUCCUAUCAUGAGAUAUACUGGACAAAGGAGGACCAUCUUGGUGCGUAUUACGAUGCUGGUGACUGGGACAGAGGCCGCCAUUCGCUGGUCGGCGAUGAGCGUUUCCGGGGCCCGCACCGCACGAUUGCGUGGUGGUCUGGAUUGAUGCAUUACAUCUUCCUGGAUGAUCCACGUACGGAGUUUGUGACUGGAGAGCCAAAAUACUCGAAUCUCGCCCCUCUGACCUACGACCAUGCUACGGGCAUGAACCUAGCCAAGCUGGUCGAUCUGCCACAUAAACGGUCGGCGCUCAUCCUUGGUAGCAGGGAAAAAUUCUUCCAUGUAGCACCCCUACGAUUUGACGGGUCUGAUACUCUCGAUCGCAAUCCAUUCCGCUCAUUGAAGUUGUGA